GAUCUCCGUUCAUCAAUGGACAUGAAUAAGUUUUUCUAACACUGUUAUAUUCAAAUUCUGGGAUUAGAAUUGAAAAAAGAGCUUUUGGCAACUGUCAGUGCUAAUAUGUGGUGAUGAGGUAUACCGUUGUGGGUUUACAAAUCUUGUAAAGUUGUGAAGUGAAUUUAAAAGUUUUCAUAUGCUUGCCUUUUGAAAGGAAAAAAAAAGAGGAAGCAUUUUGGCUAGUGUGGUGGUGGUGGAUGCACUUAUCACUAUGUCAAAGUCUUCGUGUUAACGAGUAAAUGAUCAUGGCAUAUAAGCCUUCAGAAAAACCUCCUGGGGUUUACGAAUCGUUGUCUCUGGUUGAAUUGGAGGCUCCAAAUGUCAAUGGAAAGUGUACUAAUAGAGUGUGUGCAAAACAGCCUGGUGCACUUUAUGCACCACAACGCCAUUUUCAUGUGUGAACGCCUCUGUGCCGAGUUCCCCUCUGAGACAAAUAUGCAACUUUUAGCUGGAUGCUACCUGCAGAACCAACAGGCGUAUGCUGCAUAUCAUGUUCUGAAGGGGACAAGUAUGGCUCAAUCCCGCUACUUGUUUGCCCUAUCAUGCUUUCAGAUGGGUCUUCUCACAGAAGCUGAGACGGCACUUUGCCCACCUAAUGAGCCAGCUGUAGAGGUUCCAAAUGGUGCAGCUGGGCACUACCUUCUUGGUCUUAUUUACAGGUAUACAGAUAGAAGAAAGAUUUCCAUCCAACAUUUCAAUCAGGCACUGUUAUUGGAUCCAUUGCUAUGGGCUGCAUAUGAGGAGUUGUGUAUACUAGGUGCUGCAGAAGAAGCAGCUGUAGUUUUUGGGGAAGCAUCUUUGCUUUGCAUUGAAAAACAACACUUAUACCAAGGGAACCAAUCCCGAAAUUUUCAAGCAUCUACUGAUGAUCAGAAUGUAGCUUCUAAGAAUAUUGUCUCAGAUGACAUCAGCCCUAGGCAAUCAAAACAUACACACAGCAAUAAUCUUCGAGAAAUUUCUGGAAAUUAUUAUGCAGCUGCUAUCCAGAAUUUAGGUGGGGCUUCCACUAACAUGUCAUUCUACAACACUCCCUCACCAAUGGCUUCACAGUUGUCAGGAGUGGUUCCACCCCCAGUUUGUAGAAAUUUUCAGCAAAUUGGAGCUAAUGCAUCUGUGGCUGGUGCUGAUAAUUCUCCACGAUCAACUGUCAAUUCAACCAUUCAGGCCCCUCGGAGAAAGUUUGUUGACGAGGGAAAGUUGAGAAAGAUAUCUGGGAGGUUAUUUCCUGAUUCUGGCCCUCGACGAAAUUCAAGGCUUGCCGGAGAAUCUACUGGAAACACAAAUCCAAAUGUAUCUGCAGCUUCUGGAAAUGGAACCAUUCACUCUUCCAAAUAUUAUGGUAGUUCGAAGCUGAGCUCAAUGACUUUACGUUCCAUGACAAGUCGAAAGGCACAAUCUUGGGCUACUGAAAAUUAUGGUGAAGGGAUUCGGAAUGAUAUUUCUGAUGAUUCUCGGCUAAAUAUGACUGUGUCACACUCUUCUGGAGAUGCUAGACCGCUUGAACAAGAAGGACCCGGAACUUUUGCUGCUGGGGUUAAUUUGAGCAGCACAUCAAUCCUCUCAGGUGCUUCAGAGAUAUUGACCCUUUUCAGGAUUCUUGGGGAAGGUUACAGGCUUUCUUGUUUAUAUAGAUGUCAGGAUGCACUAGAUGCUUAUAACAAACUCCCACACAAGCAUUAUCACACUGGAUGGGUUCUUUCUCAGAUUGGAAGAGCAUACUUUGAAAUGGUUGAUUACCUAGAAGCAGAUCAUGCAUUUGGCCUUGCUCGUCUGGCCUCACCUUAUAGUUUAGAAGGAAUGGACGUUUACUCGACAGUGUUGUUUCAUCUCAAGGAGGACAUGAAGUUGAGUUAUCUGGCUCAAGAGCUGGUAUCAACUGAUAGAUUAGCUCCCCAAUCUUGGUGUGCUAUGGGGAAUUGCUAUAGUUUACAGAAAGACCAUGAAACUGCUCUUAAAAACUUUCAACGAGCUGUACAAGUAAAUCCUAGAUUUGCAUACGGGCACACGCUUUGUGGUCAUGAAUAUAUUGCUUUAGAAGAUUUUGAAAAUGCUAUUAAGAGCUAUCAAAGUGCACUUCGUGUGGAUGCCAGGCAUUACAAUGCCUGGUAUGGGCUUGGAAUGAUCUAUCUCCGACAGGAGAAGUUUGAAUUUUCAGAGCAUCACUUUCGAAUGGCUUUGGGUAUAAAUCCACAUUCUUCUGUUAUCAUGUCAUAUCUUGGCACUUCAUUACACGCUCUGAAGAAAAAUGAGGAGGCACUGGAAGUGAUGGAGCUGGCUGUCAUAGCAGACAAGAAAAACCCUUUUCCAAUGUAUCAGAAGGCUAACAUUCUUGUGAGCAUGGAAAGUUUUGAUGCUGCUUUAGAUGUCUUAGAGGAGCUUAAAGAGCAUGCUCCUCGUGAGAGCAGUGUCUAUGCUUUGAUGGGUAGGAUAUACAAGAGAUGUAAUAUGUACGACAAAGCCAUGCUUCAUUUUGGAGUAGCGUUAGAUUUAAGACCAUCUGCAACUGAUGUUGCAACCAUUAAGGUGAUCGUCCAUUUGCCCACUCAUGCACGUGUGUAUAUAUAUUAUCAAAUAUGCUUCUGGCUGCCAUCGAAAAAUUGCAUGUACCAGAUGAGAUGGAAGAUGAAUUAUAAUAUAUCUGAAUUAACUGGGAAAUGAGAAGAUCAGGCUGUAAAUUAUCCAGCUCAAAAAUAUACAACUACUUGAAGGUAGAUCAGGCAGUUCUGGAAGGAUUUCAUGGAUUGUUUGUCUCGUCUGGUAGAUCAAGCAGUUCUGAAAGGACAUUGUGUGCCAAUGUAGAGUUGUUAGUUGAGUACAUCCUGUCAGAAUAGCUGUAGCACUGCACCUGCCAAACGAGGCUUCUAGUGAACGUACACUUCUCAUUAAUCUUCUCCAAUUUCAUUCGUGUUUGAUUGAGUUGGAGCCACCAGGAAUUUUUUGCAGAUCUGACGAUAAUCACCGGUAUCAUCGUACAUAAAUCUGAAAUGUUUAAAGGGGUGUAACGUUGUUUGUUGCGUUUUAUCAUCUAUGUACAAUAAUAUGAGUUAUGCAACACACUGGGAUAGCUGUUGGAGCUUUUUGUUUUCAUAAAAUUACUUAAGAAAUUAAUAUAGAGCAGCAAUUCGGUGGUAC